AUGGGGGCGCUGACAGUAAGUAGCGCCGGCAAUGGGGGCGCCAGCUCCCGCGUCUUCUCCGACGGCUGCUACUCCUUCCUCCGCUCCUCCAACCGCAGCACCGUCGCUACGCCACCAGCAGCAGCGGUGACUCCAGUCAGCUCUCCUCCAGCUGCAGUUCCAGUCAGUUCUCCUCCGCCUACAGCGGCUACUGCUCCUCCUACUCCUGCUUCGUCGCCGCCGCUACGCCUACCGCUUCUCCUCCUGCUGCCGAUGUCCCGGCACCGGCUCCCAGCAAGAAGUCGAAGAAGGAGAGCGGAUCUCCGGCUCCGUCGCCUUCAUUGUCGAGCCCUCCCGCUCCUCCUGUCGGCGCCCCCGGACCUAGCGCUGAAGCUAACGCCCCUGGUCCCGUCGUUGCCGAUGAGAUAA